AUGGGAAAGGUUGUGUCUAAUUUUAUUUCAUCAUCAAGGGAUAUAAAGCAUAUGGAUUCUUCCAAAACAUCAUAUAAAAAGAUCAAAUUAUUCGGGUUUGAGAUUGAUCCUCACAAAAAUAAUGGAUCAACGUUCAAAGGGUUAAUUAGUGAACAAGAAGAAAGCCAGCAUCUAUCAUCCUCAUCAGUCUCCUCCAAGAAUGAAAAGUCUCCAACGGCAACUUUUAAAGAAACAAAGAAGUUGGAGUGCCCAUAUUGUUUCAGAAGGUUUUUAAAUGCGCAAGCGUUAGGCGGUCAUCAAAACGCGCAUAAAAGAGAACGAAUGAAGAAGCAAAGGUCACUAUUACAAGCUAGAAAAGCCAUCAUCGGUCAUUACCUCCAAACCUACGACCAGAGUAUUAAUAAUGAUGUGAUCAACAUAAGUUUUCAUGGUUAUUGUACAGGUGAAUAUAGUGAACCAGAUAACAUUACUUUUGGUUUGUACGAUGAAGACCUAGUAUCCUUUAAGGAAACAUACAAUUCUGCUUGCAAGCAUGCCACAAGCUCAAGAAGGAUGUUUUGUUUAUCAUCAGAUGAUUCAAGGCAACCUUACAAAGAUGUGGAUCUUCAAUUGGCUCUAAGUUCAGACUCCACCAUGUAACCGUGUUUUUUUUUAAUCAUAUGCUGCUUAGAUAGAUUUGGUAAUAAUUGUUUUGAAUAAGUAGGGAAC